AAGGGACAGCCACAUUAGAAGUGACUUCCCCGCGCGGGCGCUGGAGCACACCGACAGCCUGGGGGCCGCACGUGGGCGCCGCGCUUCCCAGGUGGGCGAGCACUUGCUCCCGGCCAGGAUGUGCGCCCUCCGCGCGGUGCUAGGACUGCUGCUCCUGGAAACUCUCCAAGCCUUCCCAAAGGAUCGACUCCUCAAGACCCCCUGUUCUGGAGACCCCAGCUACUACCCAGGUGAGGCUGUUGGGAGCUGCUGUUACCGCUGUCCCUCAGGGCGGUCCCCAACACAGCCGUGCCCACAGGGGCCCGCCCACUGCAGAAAGCAGUGUGGACCAGACUAUUACGUGAAUGAGAAUGGACGCUGCACGGCCUGCGUUAGCUGUCUGAGAGACCUCGUGGAGAAGGUGCCGUGCUCCUGGAACUCCUCCCGUGUCUGUGAGUGCCGGCCGGGCAUGUACUGCAGCACACAGGCUGCCAACUCCUGUGCCCGCUGUUCUCCUCAUUCGACCUGUCCCACAGGGAAGGUCGUCAAGUUCCCAGGCACAGCAGAGAAGGACACUGAGUGCGAGUGGCCUUCCCCAGGGACCCGUUCUGAUUGCACCAACCCAGAAGACUGCGAGAUACUUACCAGCAGGGCCACUCCCCAGGCCACACCUACCCCAGUUACCGCCAGCAUCAGGAUCAUGCAGCCAGGAGAGGGCAUCCACCUUUCGCAGGAAGACACUACUGGACUGUUGAGGGCUCCCAAGUCUCCCUCUUCCCCAGAAAGGAAACCCGGUCCAGAUCCAGGACUAUCUCUUCCACCGCUGUGUCUGCAGGGGCCUGCCAAUUGUAGGCCACCCUGUGAGCCUGACUACUACCUGGAUGAGGCGGGCCUCUGCAGGGCCUGUGCAAGCUGUUCUCGAGACGACCUUGUGGAGAAGGCUCCAUGCUCCUGGAACUCCUCCCGAGUCUGCGAGUGCCGGCCUGGAAUGUUUUGUGCCACACCGGCCACCAACUCCUGUGCCCACUGCAUCGCCCACCCUGCCUUCCCACUGGAGACCAUCAUCAGACCCCAGGGUAUGGUAGAUAUAGAUACCACCUUGGAGCUUCCUCCUCCGGGGACCCUCCUUGACUACAGCACCCCAGGAAACAGCGAGGCACCAGCCAGCAUCUCUUCCACUCAGAGCUUCCCGGUGGACACCCAGACCAUCAGGAAGCAGCCCACCUCCACUGUCUCUCCCUUCUCCACGGGGACACCUUUUCUGGAUUCAGGGCCUGCGUUCUUCUGGGUCACUGUGGUGCUGCCGCUGGUGGUGGUGGUUGGUUCCAGCCUCUUGCUCCUAUGUCCCUGGAAGGCCUGCAGGAAGCGGUUCCGGCAGAAGCUCCACCUGUACUACCCAGCCCAGACUUCACGGCCCAAGUUGGAGCAGGCUGAUUCCAUACCCACAGGGAAGCUGACACAACUGAAGAGAAGCGGGUCAGUGACAGAGCCCAGCACAAAUCAGCUGAGCUCCGUGAGCCCCCCAACUGUGGAGACAUGUGCCAGUGUUGGUGCGGCCUGCUUGGAGAGCCUACCGCUGCUGGAUGAUGGCCAAGCGGGGAUCCCUUUGGCCCCCAGGGAUCCUCCAGAGCCCCGGGUGUCUACGGAGCAUACCAAUAACAGGAUCGAGAAAAUCUACAUCAUGAAGGCUGACACGGUGAUUGUGGGAACUGUGAAGACUGAGGUGCCCGAGGGCCGGGUUCCAGUAGGGUCAGCAGGGCCUGAGCUAGAGGCAGAACUGGAGGUGGACUAUGUCCCUCACUACCCAGAACAGGAGACGGAACCACCUUUGGACAGCUGUACUGAUGUCAUGUUUUCAGUGGAGGAGGAAGGGAAGAAGGACCACUGGCCUACAACUGUCUCUGAGAAGUAACACCCAGUGUCAGCUGGGGCUGGAGAGCAGCUGGGUGCCCCCUUGAGGCUAGGAUGAUACCAAGCUGGGAGGUGGCCACUGUGGCUUAAACGGAGCCCCCAGCAUCUAGUGGUGGCACAGAGCAAGGCCCACUGCUUUCUGCUGCUGGGAGAGCUUGCCCUUGAGCCCUGGAACUCGGCACUCCUUGUCAGGGCCCGUGCCUGUUAAGGGAAGGGCCACAGGUUGGUCCCAGGCCUCCCUGUGCCCUGCCUUCUCUCCCCAGGUCUCGGAUGACAGCUUUACUGGCAUGCCGCCAGGCUCUAGUCAUAGUGGCAAUCAUGGUCCCCACUGGGCACAGAACCAGCAUCUGCAGCUUUUCCUCCAGAGGCAACAGGAAGUUGGCGGAUGGACCUUCAUUUUCACUGGUAUCCUCUGGGCUGCACAAUGAUGAGGGCGCAGUAGACCCUCAUGAGUGCAGCCCACUUUCCCUGUUCUGUAGACUCCAAGGUAAACCAGAGAUCAACUUCCCGGCUUCAGAACGUCCCUACUAGGAGGGACCCAGACAUCUGUGGACCCUGAGCAGCUGCAGUGACCUCACCCACCCAGUCCUGCUACAAGCUCUGCUUCUUCCAGGGACUUCCUCCCACAUGGGGAUGGGGGAACCACAGUCCUUCCUGGGGUUCUCAACUGCUUUGUGCUGACAUCUACUCCAUCCUGGAAAUGAAGGAGCAUGGUCCCUAAGUGUCCCUCAUCAGGACUGCCAUCUGGCUCCUUCUCUACUCAGCCUGUUAGAGUUUGGGUGUUGAAAAGCACCCUGUGUCACACUCUGCCUGCCGUGCUCUGCGCUCACUGUGGGGAGGUGGUGCUGGCAGACACACCUGGAGUUCUGCUUUCCCCCCCUUUUGAGAUUCUGGGAAUUGAAGCCAGGGUGUUGUGCAUAUCAGACAAAAGUUCUACCACUGAUCUAUAUCUCCAGUCCCAGCCCAGCAUUUCACACUAAGGACUUAAAGCUGCUGUGACCGCCCCCCGAGCCUGGUUCACUCUUAGGGACCUCCAGCCUCUGGCUGACAAACAAGCAGCUGAUGUCACAU